AUGCGAGAACUCCAUCUUACGCCCAGGAAUCAUGCGCAAAAUCAAGAAACACCCGCCAAAUUCUCGCCUGAGGCUCAAAUAGAAGCAAAGAGGAAAGUCGCUUCAGUCAAUAGGUCAACACGUUUGAAAUCCUCUCUACUUCCAUGGGCUGUCGCUUUGGCUGUGAUUUGCAUUGAGAUUUUUACUUUUCGCUCCAGCCUUGGGUCCUUUUUCUUUGGGGAUUACCUUCCUCAUUCAGUAGUGGUCUUCUUCGAGUACGCAUUCUUUGUGUACCUUCUCAGUGUCAUCCUUUGGAUAACAUAUCAGAUUGUGAAUACAAAGUCUCAUACAACGUUGCCUGCCAAUUUCGGCAUGAUUUUGCCUUCGCCACUUUCACAUCCUGUCAACAAAGCUGCUACUAAAUCACCCGCACUAGAUAGCUCAAGUAGAGCGGAUACCUCUUGGGUAGAAGAUCACCAUUUCGGGACUAUGUCAGAAGCACCUUUACCUCAGAGCCGUCAAUCGCAAAUCAGUCCCAAUCGGUCCGUUCUGAACGACUCCUCUCAUUUGCUGAAUCUCAGUUCUGGUAGUUUUGGUAACACUUCCAUACGUGGAUAUUCUUCCAAUGUUGUUGUGCCGAAAAGCAGCCCUUUCAACAAAUCAAUUGAUAGCAUCCAUACAAGGGAACAACUGGAGCACCUUCUGGCGAAAGAUUCUCCAUCUCAUAUGGACUCCUCGUCCAUGCGUAGCUCUUCAUUCACUUAUUUCAAUGUUCUGGACAUCGGCGCUCCAGAAGAAAGAAGGGGAUAUCAGUUGUCGGAGCCAUUGAAAGCGGGAGAUUCAAAAGAAAAUAUCGUUGUGAAAAUGGGACCAGGAAGCCGUUUAAUGCUGUCUCCUGCUAGCAGUGAAGGUGAUGGACAGGAUGAAUUGACGCGACUGCGCUACACGCUGCAGCAUGCACGACACAGUCCCAGAAAGGGUCCUGGUAUACUUCGCCGCAGUGAAUCUGUAGAACGGCGACGAAGAAGUUUAAGUAUGUCAUCGCCAGAGCGCUCUUUGCUCCCCAACAUUCCGCUUCCAGUGCCUACCGAAAUUGACGCAAAAAGUUCAUCACUCAGAGAAGUAGACUUAGUGCGUGGAGAGCAACGUUUGAGGGCAUGGAUUGUGAAUACUAUCUUGGAACCGCUAGAUAGACGAAUAAAGGAGACAAAUGCCAAGUUAGAAAAGGAGCAUUCGAGCCCACCACUAAAGAUUGGUGUUUCGUCUGUGGACGCUUUACAAUCUGCUAUGAUUACGCGCACGGAGCUUUUGGAUACGAUGCUUCCGUAUAUUCUUCCAUUUUUGUCGGUGCAUAAUAAUCAGAACUAUGUGGUUGGCCGUAUCUCGGAGCUGGCUGCCGAUAAAUUUAUGAUGGAUUAUAACUGGAACAGUGGCGGCAGAGAGCCAGUGCAGGAGAAAGUAUCACUUGGAAGAGGUGUCCGUAGACCUUGGAGUGACCAAAAUCCCACUGACGCUAUGCUUAUUUUUUCGCUUUUUUCUGCUUAUAUGGAUAGCCAGCUGACUUCGAAUCCUCUUGUCGGCUCCUGCAGAUUGGCGCAGCCAUUCUCCGCGGUAUACACUCUGAAGACCCCACAAAGACCCACUGCUGUACAUCUGGCUGCCGAGAGCUUUUACUUGCAUAUGAGUAACAUCUCUCCUCCCCAUUUCGAUUUCGUUUUCAAUGACGCAGAUGGGUCACCAACACGUGCGGUCAUUCCAAGGGGUGCCCGAAAUCUGUUUGCUGCUUUGUUAUCGUUCAUAAAUCACGUUAAGGUGCAUAAUGGUGGUCGCUUAGACCGAAUGAGCAUUGGUCCUACGGGUUUGAAUAUUGCCUGCGUUCUGGAGUGAUCUUGAAAAAUUCUUGCUCAUUAUUCUUUGUUGAAUGUUACAUCUCAAGCUGGGUAUCCAUACUUUUCACUAACUCGAAAUUUGUUGACUCAUCCCGUUGCGAAUGUUUUUAUUUCGUGUUUUGUACUUAUUCAUGUUUUCCUGUCAGGAUCUCUAUUUUAUUAGUUUACAAGACGCCUUGUUUGAGAUCAGUUUUUGUCAUAAAUAAAUUGAUUAUUUGUAACUGUGG